CAAUGAAUUUCUUUAAAGAGUUGUUACUACUUAUCUGCAUUUUGUGCAUAACCCAUGGGGCUAACUAUGUGGGCCUAAGUUUAACAUUACUUAUCCAGCUAAAACGUUAUCACUUUGUAAUAAAAUAUGAAAUCCACUUACAAUUAUUACAUGAAUUUCACUCAUGUAUUGGUUAGAAUAAAGUUGACGUACAUUAUUGCAAUCAACAUCCCAAUAUUGAAAAUGAGACAGCCGAUCUAUGAUAGUACCUCUUGAUAGGUACUUUCACCCAUUAAAUUCCACACCAUGCUUUACCAUUGGUGAUUUUACUAAUUUUGCAUAGAAUAUGCCAUUAUUAUUUGCAUGAGCACCACACCAAAGCUUAAGUAAUUCGCAUUAAUUUGGAUUAAAAUCUCAAUGCGAAUCUUAAUAUGUGCAAAAAGUGAUUAUGUAACAAGCAUUUCAGAAUUUUCUUUAACUGAUGGAUUUAGGAAUAGAAAAAUCACGGCAUUACACAUCAACAUACCAAUAAAAAUUAUUUAUAGAUAAUCAUCUUUUAGCUGAUGUGGAAAUGCCUCAUAUGUUAGAAGUAUCAGCAGUCUCUAUGAUCUGAGGGUGUCGACAGACAAUUCAACAAUCUUACAGUUAAUAAGAAAAAGAUAAUGUCUACUGGGAGUAACCUACUACGCAUGUAAUUAAGACAGACUUAUUUUAUAGAGGAAAUACAAUUUAUAUUAUCCGGUAGGCAUUUGAGCGGUAGUAUUGCGCCUCUCUGUGUUUACCACAAAUGUUCAUGCAGGACUAAUUGAUCUUCGCGGUUUUCUGUUACAAACAAUGUCCUAAAUUAACUAAAAGAUAAAUUCAAACUGCAGGAUUUUAACAACGUAGUACACCACAAAUGUUGUGCUAGGUAGGUAGGGCAUUUCUAUGAGUAUUUUAAAAACGAGGGCUUGUCUCAAUGCUUUAUUGACGCAUAGAAGCUUUCAGUCCUUAUACAUAUUUAUAUAUUUACAGAUGCAUAUUUUAAUGGUGAUUAUUAUAUUGCCGAAUUAUAAACACAUAUCUUCAGCGUAUUACAG